AUGAAGUACGAUGUAAUCAUCAUCGGGGCGGGCUCUGCCGGCUGCACCAUAGCGGCCAGGCUGACCGAAGAUCCCAACCGCUCGGUGCUGCUGCUGGAGGCCGGGCCGGAUUACCCUGAUUUUGAGCUCUACCCGGACGACCUGAAAUUCGGUUACGACCAGACGGCAUCGGCCGUGGACGCGCCGCACAACUGGACCUUCUGGGCGCAGAAUCCCGGACAGGCCAACCCGAUGCCCGUGCCGCGCGGCAGAGUGGUCGGCGGGUCUUCGGCCAUCAACGGGCAGGUGCUGCUCCGCGGCGUCCCGGAAGACUACGACGCCUGGGCCGCCCUGGGAAACGACGAGUGGAAGUUCACCGAUUGCCUGCCCUAUUUCCGCAAGAUGGAAACGGACGUUGACAUCAGCGACGACUUCCACGGCAACACCGGACCCAUCCCGGUCCGGCGGCACCGGCAGGAGGACUGGCUUCCCGCCCAGGUCGCCUUUUGGAACGCCUGCCGCGACGCGGGUCAUCCCCACGACCCGGACAUGAACCACCCCGAUUCCGGCGGCGUGGGUCCCGUGCCGAUGAACAACCCCAACGGCGUGCGAAUGAGCACGUCGAUUACCUACCUCCGUGAGUCGAGGCACCGCCUCAACCUCACCAUCCGCCCCAACGUCACCUGUCGCCGGAUCCUGUUCGAGGGCAAACAAGCCGUCGGCGUGGAAGUGGAAAGCGGUGGCGACGUGUUCACAGUGGAAGCCGACGACAUCAUCCUCAGCUCCGGGGCAAUCGCGUCGCCGCAGUUGCUCAUGUUGUCCGGGGUUGGUCCCGCCGACCACCUGCGAGCGAUGGGCAUCCCGGUGGUGCAUGAGCUCCCGGGGAUCGGGCAGAACCUCCGGGACCAUCCGAACAUUCGCGUGCCGGUCAAGAUCAAGGAUGACUUCCCCCUGGACCCGGCCGCUCCGCGUACUCAGGUCUGCCUCCGUUAUACCGCCUCCGGCAGCCAUCUGCGCAACGACAUCCAGAUCAUGCAAUCGUCCUUCUCGUCGCCAAUCGCCGGCGACCCGCUGGAGGCGGAGGGGAUCCGGUUCACCUGUAUCCUGGAAUUGGCUGUGGGAUCCGGUCACCUGCAACUUGCGAGCACCGACCCGCACGAUCAGCCGCAGUUGAACUACAACUACUUCCAGGAGGAGUUCGAUCUGGCGCGAAUGCGCGAAGCCGUGCGCGUGUGUGUCAAUCUGCUGGACAGCGAUCACUACAAGGAUGUCGCCGAAGAACUACUGGACCCGCUGCCGGCGGACCUGGAGAGCGACGAGGCAUUGAAUGAUUGGCUGAAACGGGUGGUCAGCACCUCGCAGCACAUCUCGGGCACGUGCAAGAUCGGGUCGGCCGAUGACCCCAUGGCGGUGGUCGAUCAGCAUUGCCGUGUGCAUGGCAUGGAGAACCUCCACGUCGCCGAUGCGUCGGUGAUGCCGGACUGCAUCCGCGCCAACACCAACUGCACCACGAUCAUGAUUGCCGAACGGAAGUCGGACUGGUUCCGUUGCGGCGAAUAA